CUAUUAUAAAAACGUCUCCGUUUUGGGACGUUUGGGAGGUGGUUGCGGACGGACAACCAGUUUUUUGUACGCAAAUAAACUCAAUUAACAUCAUAGUUACCACAAUGAUAGGUAUCUCAGUAGCCAUCCGAAAUUCAGUAUCUAAUGAGAAAGAACAAUCCAAUUAAAGCUACUAUUUCCAGAUUGUCAAUAUUGACAAGCAGUUCAGGAUGUCUAAGCGUGGAGCAGACGAUGGGGGCAACGGCAGCGGCCAGCCCCCUAUCAAGAAGGUUCAUUUUGAACCCCACCUCAUUGGACCAGUGUCCACUCUGGAAGAAAUGGACAUAAAAGUCCUUCAAUUUCAGAAUAAAAAGUUAGCUCAGAGAAUUGAACAACGCCACAGGUGUGAAGCAGAAUUGAGAGCUCGGAUUGAGCAGCUUGAAAAGCGACAAACUCAGGAUGAUGCUGUAUUGUGUGUUGUUAACCGGUACUGGAACUUACUGAAUGAAGAUAUCAGGGUGCUGCUGCAGAGAUUUGACGCUGAGACUGCUGAUGAGUCUGAAAAUAAAAAUGAAAAUGAAGCAACAACGUCAUUCCUCAUGCAACUUUCAACCUGGGACAAGGAAGAGCUGGACGCCCAGCUAGCCAACCGGGUGCAAGUGAGCAAGCGUGCUGUGGCCAAGGUGCUGCAGGCGUUUGAUCGGCUGCAGCAGAGGAAUGAGAAGAUAUGGAGGGCCAUCAAAGGGGAAGCUGAGGAAGGCGCCCCGUCCCUGGACGAAACCAUCCGCGCGACCAACGCCGAGGUGACGGCCGAGAGCCGCCGCCUGCAGGCGCAGUGCACCGCGCUUCAUGAGAAGCACCACGCCAUGACGCUCCGAGUUGCUCAGCUGCAAGAUGCUGUCAAUAGCAGGGAUACGGAGAAUGCAGAACUUAAAAACCAGAUUGAUGAUCUCCAGUAUGAGUUGUUGAAGAUCCGUUCUCGCAACGACAAGCUAGAAAACCACCUGGCUGAAGCUAUCGAGAAGCUCAAGAGCUUACACCAGUCCGGCGCCACCACCACAGCCGCCGCACCAGCACCAGCCAUCUCCACCAUCGCCGCUGCCAAGCUUGAAGAUAUAGCUGCAGAGUUGGAGGAACAGAGAGAGUUGGCUAAUAAUCGAUUGGCUGAGUUGGACCGUCUUCACAGACAGCAUAGGGAUGCAUUGAAGGAGGUUGAGAAGCUGAAAAUGGACAUCCGACAACUGCCAGAAUCGGUGAUAGUGGAGACGACUGAGUACAAGUGUCUCCAGAGCCAGUUCUCCGUGCUAUACAACGAGUCCAUGCAGAUGAAGACUGCCCUGGAUGACACUCGGCUACAGCUGCAGAAUGCCAAGAACUUGCACAUGCGACAGAUCGAGAUGAUGGAGAGUGAAGAGCUAGCCAGACAAAAAGCCCUCAGAGCCGAAAUGAUCCAGCUAGAAGAUGUCCUAGGCCAACUACGGAAAGAGUAUGAGAUGCUCCGCAUAGAGUUUGAGCAAAACUUGGCAGCAAAUGAACAGACUGGGCCGAUCAAUAGAGAGAUGAGACAUCUCAUCACUUCCCUGCAGAAUCAUAACCAACAGUUAAAGGGGGAGGUACAUCGGUACAAGCGGAAGUAUAAAGAUACUAGUCAAGAGUUAAAUAAGGUCCGUAAAGAGUUGGAGGAGGCGGGCGCGCGGCCGAGCACGACGUCGGACGCGCACGAUGAAAAGCCACUCGCCGUCAAAAAGGAGGAACCCGACCCAGAGGGCGAGGAGGCGGCGGGCGGCGCGGAGGCCAAGUCGGCGGCGGCCAAGGAACACUCGCGCGCGCGCCUGCAGGAGCAGGACCUGCUCAUCAAGGACCUCAAGCAGCAGCUCAAAAAAGCUGUGAACGAGCAGAAAGAGCUGAAGCUCCUAUUAGACAUGUACAAAGGCGUCAGUAAAGAACAGCGCGACAAAGUGCAGCUCAUGGCGGCCGAGCGCAAAGCGCGCCAGGAGCUGGAAGACCACCGCCAGAAGACCAAGAUGAUGCAGGAGAGCAAGCGAGAGCGGCGAUUAGCAGACGAAGACGCACUACGCAAGAUCAAACAGCUGGAGGAGCAGAAGUACGAGCUGCAGAAGCAGCUGUCCUGCGCGCGCCCCAACGCCGACCCGCUGCACUUCUCCAGGCCCUUCGCCGGCUCACAGGAAGAAGAAGCGUUACUGAACGAGAUGGAGGUGACAGGGCAAGCGUUCGAAGACAUGCAGGAACAGAACUCUCGACUCAUACAACAGCUGAGAGAAAAGGACGACGCGAACUUCAAACUGAUGUCCGAGCGGAUCAAGGCCAACUCGCUGCACAAGCUGCUAAGGGAGGAGAAACAGUUGCUGCAAGAAAAGGUGGUGACUCGGGACCAGCAGAUAGAAUCAAUGGGCGCAGUAGCUCGACGGCUUGAAGAGAAGGAGCGAUUACUUCAAACCACGCUGUCCGCUGUGGAAAAAGAAUUACUUCUCCGGCAGCAGGCAAUGGAGAUGCACAAACGGAAGGCCAUCGAGUCUGCGCAGUCCGCCGCCGACUUAAAACUACAUCUUGAGAAAUACCACGCGCAAAUGAAGGAAGCUCAACAGGUGGUCGCGGAGAAGACGAGCGCACUAGAGGCGGAGGCUUACAAAACAAAAAGAUUACAUGAGGAGCUAGCGGUUCUGCGGCGCAAGGCAGAACGAAUGAAAAAGAUGGAGCAAGCCGGCAGCAGCAUGGACGAGGUUCUACUCGAGGAGAUUAGAGAGUACAAGGAGACUCUCACAUGCCCUUCGUGCAAGGUGAAACGCAAAGACGCAGUGCUAACGAAAUGCUUCCACGUGUUCUGCUGGGACUGCCUGCGCACGCGCUACGAGACGCGCCAGCGCAAGUGCCCCAAGUGCAACGCGGCCUUCGGCGCCAACGACUACCACCGCCUCUACCUCUCCACCUAGGCGACCGCCGGCAAGCCAGGGUUAGGUAAGGUGCCCGAUAUUAAGAGGUCUAAGUCUUGGCCACAAGAAGUUUAGACGGCGCGUAACAAAAUAUUCAAAACUAAUGCUGUUGCGCUAACGAACACCACCGCCUCUACCUCUCAACCUACAGUAGACCACCGGGAACUCAUGGUUAGGUAAGGCCGUAGGUGUACGUCUACUAAGAGAAUUAUAUUAUAGAUCUAGUAACAGGUCUAAGUAUUGGCUGGUUGCGAGGGAAGACGCGUAGAUGGCGUAUACCGUGGCGUAAAAGUUUUCACCGCAUCUCCUCUUCACCUAGACCACCAGGAAUUGAGGUCAGGUAAGAUGCCUACUUGAGGAGGGUAAUAAUUGCGGUGUGUUGGUGGACGAAUAUAUCCCAUGAAUCACACAAAUUGGUCUACGGAUGUGGCAGGAAAGGUUUGAGCGCCGUAGUCUAGCAAAACGGAUGUGUCACUUGACUCAAGAAAAAAUAACAAUGUAGGCGAAUGUAAUGGUUGUGUUCUCAAUUGAUCUCGGAGAAAUUGUUUAUUUAUUUACAACAAGGAAUAUAAAAGGCACUACGGCGCUCAUGCAAUCAAGUAGCAUCGUUAUGUAUAUCGUAAGAACAAAAUAUAAUGUGUUUAAAUACCACAAUUAAGUACUUGUUUACAUAUUUGCGAUCCGAUUAUGACUUGACAGUACUUCGCAAAUAAAAUAAGGAAUGUAAUUGGUAAGAAGUAAUGAAGCAAAACUGACGGAUAACACUAUCACAAGAUGUAUUUAUAGCUAAAUCAAAUCAUUGUAGUUGCGAUAUACUUUUUAUUCUUGUUGGUUUGAUAUCAAUUCUAUUAACCUGCUUCUAUGCGAAUAGGGUGUAGAAGUUAGUGAUCGUUUUUGAACUAAGUUCAUAACGAACGAACGAAGUCUGGGAACAUUGAAAAUGAACUCUGGUAGUAAUAAUAUUUUCAACUGACGUUUCCAGUAAAAUCGCAAGCAACAACGAUCACUAACUUUGACAUGUUCAUUGUUUAGUGUAAGACAACCCGAUUAAAUGUAUAAAUAUCUGUAAAUUAAUUUAAUAAACUUAAAGGUAUGAAAUUUAGUGUUGACGUAUGUAGUUUUUACAAUAGGAUUACUAAAUUGUAUACCUUUAAGGUAACCUUAGUGGUAAAUAAGUAUGUAGGUUCAUAACUACAAUUAUUAGAUGUAUUCUUUUUGACGUAUGUGGACUAUUAUGUCAAACAUUAUUGCUAUAAUUUAUUGUGUAUGUAAGGAAUGUUUAGAAUAGCGAUCGGGAUAUUCUGUUAUUUAUACUG